AUGGACACCAACACGAAAAAGAUGGAGGUCUUGCUCAACAACCCGCAAGAUUGGUCCAUCUGGAACAACAAGUUCCACGCUCACGCCUGCGACCGAAAGCUCUGGCUGUGGAUUGCCAACGACCCUGCCGCUGGGCUCCUCAAGAGGUUCCCGGCCGAGCCAGUGCCUCCAAACUUUGCGGAGCUGCAGACGGCCCCAGAGAGAGAUAGGGCCCAGAAAGAAUACUCCCAACAGUGGCAAAUCUACACCCAUCACUUUCGACUAUACGAAAAACAGGAAGACUCACUCCGCGAGCUUCGGGACUGGAUCUCAAAGACGAUAUGUCAUACAUACUAUCAGACCUGCUGCAACCCCGAUGAGUCCUUGCGCGUGUGGUACGCAAAGCUGCAAAAACACGCCAAGGGAUCACAGGAAGAAGUUCUCCGCACUCUUCAAAACAACUACGAAGAUGCAGUCAAGCCUCUCGUGAAGGCCCCUCGAAACUGUCACCUCUGGUUGGAUACCUGGAAGAAAGCCAUGAACGAAGGAAUCCAGGAGGGCCUCCCAGAAGCUUUCCACCACUCAAUUUGGAUCCGCGACUUCUUUAAGGCUAUCUCGCCACAGUUCCCCGCACUCUGCGAUCUCAACGGCCAUACCAUCGAAAAAUGCUGGAGCGUCGACCCAAAAGGCGCCGCCAGCUGGUGGCCUGGGAAGAGGGCAGACAUCAUAGAGAAGAACCUUCAAGAUCCAGAGAUCGCCAAGGAGGUAGAAAAACUCAAAGGAAAGAAGAAGACGGUGCACUGGGAAGACAACAAAGACGAUUGA